AUGGAGUCUCAAAUUACCUUCUUUUCUGAAAACCAAAGUCAAGAGUUUUCCGAGUUUUCCCCGGAGAACUCUUCUUCAACAAGCUCAUGGAGCUCACAAGAAUCAUUCUUGUGGGAAGAGAGUUUCUUACAUCAAUCAUUCGAUCAGUCCUUCCUCUCAUUUAGCCCUUCUUACUACUCUGAUGACUUCUUCACAUUUGGAUCAUCAACCAUCAAAGACGAAGAAGAAGCCACCGUAGAGGAAAGGUCAUACAGAGGAGUGAGGAAGAGGCCGUGGGGGAAAUACGCAGCCGAGAUAAGAGACUCGACGAGGAAAGGGAUAAGAGUGUGGCUCGGGACUUUCGAUACUGCGGAAGAGGCUGCUCUCGCUUACGAUCAGGCGGCUUUCUCUUUGAAAGGAAGCCUCGCGGUACUCAACUUCCCCGUGGAAGUCGUAAAAGAGUCUCUCCGGAAGAUGGAGAAUGUGAAUCUCAACGAUGGAGAGUCUCCUGUCAUAGCCUUGAAGAGAAAACACUCCAUGAGAAACCGGCCUAGAGGAAAGAAGAAGUCUUCUUCUUCUUCUUCUUCUUCUUCUUCCUCAUACUCGUCUUCUUCAUCUUCAUCUUUGUCGUCAAGAACUAGAAAACAGAGUGUCGUUAUGAAGCAAGAAAGUAGUACGACGCUAGUGGUUCUUGAGGAUUUGGGUGCUGAAUACUUAGAAGAGCUUAUGAGAUCAUGUUCGUGA